UGUGUGUGUAGGGGUUUGACAUUGAGUCUCCAUUUUCAAGUUGUGAUGUGCAUUUACAGACAUGAGUUAGGGGUUGGGAAGAGGUAACGACGUCACCGUCCGCUUGUGUGUCCUUGGCCAGCAGGUUAUAAAGUCAGUCCAUCAGUCCAAGAAUCACAAGCGAAGAAACAACAUCUCUCUUAGAAAGAGAAAACAAACAGGCAAAAAGCAGCAAGAAGGAAAGACUGCAGAUUGCAGGAAAAUGCGUCCUGUGCUGCUAUUGGUGGCUGCAGCAGCGGCGGCGGCUGUGGGCGUGGUCAGAGGGGCAUGCGCUCAGUGUUCGGAGCAUCCCAGCUGUCAGGAGCUCGAUUUAAAAGGCAUGAUGGAUUGUAUCCAACUCUGUGGAUCUGACGUGUCUGGUAUGCCUGAAAAUGUGCACCCGCAACCUCCCCCUUCAUCAGACCCUCCUUCUCUUUCACCCCUUACCUCCUCUUCCUCACCUCAAUCCAAGGAUGUCUACUCCAUGGAGCAUUUCCGUUGGGGGAAACCUGCUGGAAGAAAACGUCGUCAGGUCAAAACCUACACCACCUACACCACCAAUCCGGUAGACGAAUCAGCUAAACUUUUCCUUGUAGAGGCAAAAAAGCGGGAACUUUCCAGGGAAAUGAUAGUGGCUAAGGAUGAAGAGAAGGUGGUUCAAAACAAGAUGGAGCAAACUCCAGUUGGUGCAGCACGAAACAGCAAAUACAAGAUGAAGCACUUCCGCUGGAGCAUGCCGCUGUCAGACAAACGUUAUGGAGGCUUCAUGAAGAGCUGGGCUGAGCGCAGCCAGAGGCCGCUGCUCAAUCUCUUCAAAAAUGUCAUCAACAAAGAAGAACCUACAGAAAAAAGAGAGCAGUAAUGGAGGAGGAAAAAGGGAAGAGACCGAUAAAUUAGUAAAUCAUGUUCUGAAUCACUAAACAAUCCUACAUAAACUAUAAACAGCUUAUGACCACAUUUAAAAAGGUAACCCAUAAUAAUGUUUUGUUUCUCUUUCU